AGGUGGUGGAAUACGUUUGCAUCCUACUACAUCAUACAGUCGAUUCCUUGCAACAGAUGAUGCAAGCAUGUUUUGACUUGGCCGACCCGAUUUCGAUUUGGGUCAGAACAUUUUACUGCAUCUCUAUGCCACAAAAGAAUACUAAUAAUAAUUUUUUGCACCAAUGA